GUUGCCGAUGCUCCACAUCAAAGGUCUGGAAUCUGGUAUUAAGGCGAGAUUGUCGUACUACCACUAUAUGCGCUACGACGUACAUAGUACGAUAUUACCAGGUUCCGGACGAUGUAGCCGUCGUCGCCUGAACCAGAAAUGCAUAUAUAUAGGAGGUACCUAAGGUGUUUAAUGUACUUCAUAACAUGAUUCGAUCUAUGAGCUCUAAUUUACUUCGUCUUUCGAACUAGCUAUCUACCUAAGGUAAUUAGUUAGGUAUUCAUUUCCACCUACCCAAGAUGCUGUUCGGAUCUGUGAUCACGGCGUUCGCAUUUGCGCUGUGCGUUUCUGCUCGAGCUGUCCCGAACCCAGUCGAGGUUUUCAAGCGUGCACACACGCCCGGUGUCGUAAUUAACAAAUGCUCCAAGCCUGGCGUUCUCGCGCUGGCCUACGACGAUGGUCCAUAUCAGUACACCUCGUCGCUAGUAGACACUUUAGACAAGGCGGGCGUUAAGGGAACCUUUUUCCUGACUGGUACUUUGUAUGGUUGCAUCUACAACCAAAGAGCCGCUGUCAAGAAGGCCUUUGACUCCGGACACCAAAUUGCGUCCCACACGUGGACACAUUCCCACAUGGGAAGCAUGGGUGCCGCGCAAAUCCGGAGCGAGAUGGAGAAGGUCGAGCAGGCGUUCGUGAACAUCUUCGGGCGGAAGCCACAGUACAUGCGCCCGCCGUUCCUCGAGACGGGCGGCCAGUUCCUGAGCGUGAUGCGGGAGAUGAACUACACCGUCAUCACGGACGACGUGGACACCGGCGACUGGAACAACCAAUCGCCGCAGCAGAGCCAGCAGAAGUUCCAGCAGGCGGGUGCCGGUGGGAACGGCCAUAUCCCGCUCAUGCACGAGACGUAUCAGAGCACGGUUACGACUCUGACGAACUGGCUGAUUAACUGGGCUAAGACCAAUAACCUGAAGAUCGUUACAGUUGCUGAAUGCCUCGACGAUGCCAACGGCGCUUACAAGGCAGGAACAUUCCCAAGCAACGGGCAGACAUCCUGUUAAAGGAUAGCAUAGGAAAGGUUAGGUUAGGUAGUUUAAGUUUUUGGUGCUUGGUGCUUGGUGGCUCAUUAAACUAAUAUCAUAUCAUUUACCCCUUUUUAUCCUUAGACUAUAAUUCCCCGUCUAUAAUUCCGAAAAUAUAGGCCGGUGCGACGAGUUGGUAGCGAUCACGUCUAGCCUUCUUUUAGUACGAAGGGGACAUUUGAUCCAGCCAGAAGGGCAACUUUGUCGUUCUCUACAGUUAAAAUACGCUCUACCAGUAUGACCUGUUUCAAGGAAUAGAAAACCCUAAUUGACCAG